GAACGUUAAAAAGCGUGGCUGAAAGUGAAAGAAAACGGCAAAAAGACAUGCACGCCUGCAACAUUUUACUAUAAUACUGGAGAAAAAAUGCAUGGAUUAUGGAGAAAUGAAAGAUGUCUAAAGUACAGAUAGAAAUCUUUGAGGUGAGGACCCCUAGUUUGUUUUACGGCCGGGAAGUAAAUGACAGUGAUGAUGCCUCUUCAGAGAGAAUUUUGUUUCACCAGCUUCAUCAAAAUAUCAACGAUCAAUUCAACAACCCUCAGAGUUGUGGACUAUCAUACCAGCCAUCAAAGAAUGAGGUUUGCAUUGGAAGAACAGCGGAGAAAGUUUGGUGUAGGGUGAGGGUUGAGGACAUGUACAGAAGACAGAGGGGUCAUGAGGCCAAGUGUUUUCUCCUAGAUUUUGGAACAAUAGAAAUGAUUCCAUUUCAGUGGUUGCGGAGAGCCAGCCCUAGCCACCAUUCCGUGCCAUACCAGGUGAAAUCCUAUGGUCUGUAUGGUAUUCAGGCACUGACGCUGGCUGUCCAAGGAGACCUCUCCUGUCAUAUGGAGCCUUGUGUUUCAUGGGAUGAAUCAGCAACAGAGUAUUUUAGAAAAUGUCUUCAAAUGACAGCAUUGUACUUCGUUGAAGUUCAACAGGAAGACGCCAAUAAAAUAGAAGUUAAUUUGUACCUGGCAAUAGGAAAUCAAGAAAUUUGUGUAAAUGAUGAACUUAUAAAGAAAGAGUAUGCUGUCAAGAGGGAGCCAGGGGAUAUCCAGAGGGCUGCAAUUUCACCUGGUAAUUCAACGAGAUCUCAACCGUUGACCAUAGAGGAGGAACUUAGGAACCUUCAGUUAAAGAAAUCCAAAGUCAAAUCUAGAAAGACUCCCGCAUCUAGUGACAAUGAAACUAUGUCUUUGCUUUCUCAAUCUGUCAGUCAACGGGCUGCUAGGAGAACAGACUCAGAGACGGAUUCUGUGAGAUCGGGGGUCUUUUCUGAUGUCCGCAGUGUAGUGUCAGGAAGGGGGCGUGGCUUACCACCAGGUCAGAAUCUUCAGAUAGGAAGAAACAAAACAGAGACGUUGAGAGGUCCCGAACCUUUUGUGCACAGGAGUUCUGAUACCUCAAGUUUAUCUUCCAGUGGUAGAGUUGGCAGCACUCAAGUUAUGCAGACCAGUAAAGGUGAUUCUCCGACAUUAUCUUUGGUACGUGAUCACCAAAAACCAGAAACGGACAGUGAACGAAAUUUACAUACCUCCAUGGGGAAAAGACAGGGUAGUUUACUCUCCUUGAGUUCUGGUGACGGCAGUGUGCUAUCAGCAUCUCUGCGAUCUCCGAUGAAUGGAAUGUUGGGUAGGCUGAUGAACAGUUUAGUCACCCCACCCCCCUCUGUCUCUCAACCAAGUGUCUCAGACUCAGAACUGUUAAAUUCCCAACCUCCCAGUGCCAACUAUAGACCUCAUCACACAGAUGGUUCCUCUGCUGAAAGUGUUCAGAGAAACAUUAGAACCUAUACCCCUUCCUCCUUACAAAGGCAGCAACCAUCUGUGGAUGAGUAUUUGUCCGCAAAUAUACCAUCUGGAUCUAUGCAAAACCCUGACAGUCAUAAAGUGCCAAAUAAGAGAAGUGAAAAUAGUCAAGUUUCUGGAGCAAGAUCAUUAUCAAGUGUAGGAAUGUCCUCAAGGAAAGUAGCAUCACCACCAUCAUCAUUGUCAUCAUCUCAUUGGAAAAUCAGACAAGGCUUGCAACCAGUAAAGAAAGCUCAGAAUAUUAAAGAUCAAAUGCUAGAUCUGGUUGCGGGGGCAAGGCAGGAAUCUUCUUUGCAGAAUAGAAAGACAGAAAUGAUGAGCAAAAUGCAGGGAGAUAGAAUUCUUGCAAAUCUUUCUGGAGGAGUCAAGUCAAAACUUACAAGUAUUGCAGAUAUGCCAAAAAAGUUUUAUGACAGUGUAUUGGUGCACAGUUUGAGAAAAGUGACUCCAUAUUUAAACUUUGAUGAUGUGCCUUUGGUCUCUGAAUUAAAGGAGAUUCUGAAAGGCUUUGAGUUCCCCUCACCAAUGCUUAUCCAGGCCUAUGGUUGGCCAGGUAUACUAAAGUUGAACCAUGUGGUGGGAAUCUCACCUGUACAAACAGGUAAAACAUUUACAUACCUGUGUCCUCUGCUUAGUGAGCUCCUCAAUCCACAGUCAUACCAAGAGCUGGCCAUAGGGAAUGGGCCUCUAGCAUUGAUACUAGUGUCCUCAUGGAAGAAAGCCCAGGGUGUGUAUGACAUCACCAGGGGACUCCUGAGGGAACACAGAAGACCCCGCCCACUCAUUAUUUACGGAGGGGGAUGUGAACACAACCAAUAUAUUCCGCUGAUGAAUGGCUGUGAGAUUCUGAUUGCGACACCACCAUGUUUGAUCAGAAUGAUCAAUCGCAGAUACACAGACCUUCAAAGACUCUGUCACCUGGUUGUAGAUGAUGCUGAAAUUGUGCUGAAAGAGUAUUCAGAAGAGGUGCAGAAGAUCAUGGAGUGGUUUGCUGAGGCCAGAAAGGAAAACAUCCACAAGUCUGUGCCCUAUCAGGUGGUUGCCAUGGGAACACAGUGGACACCCCCGGUUCUUAGCUUUACACAGGCCUACAUGCUGGACCCCACCAUUGUCAUCACCUCUAGGUUUGAAGCAGCCAUAUAUGGAAAAGUCACACAGCAAGUCCAUAUGUGUCCCAGUGCUCUGAGAUCGACCAGACUCCUGGAACUCCUGGAUGCCAUUUUGAAUAAAGGAAUGAAGGUCAUCAUAUUCACCACCACAGUCAAUGAUGUCUGUUUUAUAAUGGAGCUGCUGAAGAGCCACUCCCUGUGUUGUAAUAAGAUACACCACCAGAUGGACAGUUACGAGGUGGAGGCGGUCCUCCAUGACUGGAGCUCAGGCCUGGAGAAGGACAGUCCCAAACUGCUGGUUUGCACAGAUGAGUGUGUUGAUGAUAUGAAGAUAGAUGAUGCAAAUGCAGUGAUUCACUUUGACCUACCUUCCGAAUCCAAAACAAGAUUUGGCAAUCGACUGUCAUGCAUGAGGAAGUAUUAUGCAAAAUAUUCAGAAUCUGAAGAGCAGGAAGAAGGACAACUUGUAAAGCCCAUGUCCUACAUUUUAAUGACAGAACAUAGUACGGGGCAAGCUCGCUCAGUCCGAGACCUCCUGAAGCGACUCAAAACCCCCAUACCCAGGGAACUCGCUGCCAUGCUGGCCGGCAUGAAACAGCAACAAGAAGGGGACAAAGAAAAAGAACUGUGCAGUUAUCUUAAAGCAUAUGGUGUUUGCAGGUUUCAGAGCAGGUGCCCCCAUAGACACAUCAUCUUACCUGAUGUGGACAAACCAGCUAAUAGCUUUUUGACAUCUGGUGAAGUGAAGAUAUGUGUAGCUAAUGUUGUGAAUGCGACAUGUUACUACGCUCGCGUGUUAGAGCACCGUGCACAAGAUGGUACAUUGACGGACCUUUCAACAACAACUUUGUCCAUUACAUUCGAGUUGAAAAACUGGUUCUCUGUGGAAAAAAAUUGCAUCAGGCUUGGCAAUGUAUGUGCUGGAGAUGUGUGUGCAAUAGUAGAAGAUGACAGCUUCUUCAGAGUGCAAAUUCAAGACAUUAAGUGGAGCAAUUCCCCUGGCUCUAACAUAAUGCAAGCUCAGGUGUUCUUUGUGGAUGAAGGUCGGGUGAAGGAUGUCUCCAUCAUCAAACUCUAUGAACUUCCACCACACUUAAAGUCCUACCCUUUCCAGACUGUGGAGGUGUACUUGUGCAGGCUAAGACCCAUAGACAGGGAUGAAAACUGGACCUCCAAUGCUGAUCAGUAUGCCCACGAGUUAUUGCAAGACAAAGUUUUGUUUGGAAGAAUUGUUUUGAGUAUCGGACACACAGUGUGGCUGGAUCCUUUGGUGGAAAGACAGCACUUGAAGGGUUCCCAAACCACCAUCAAUAAGAUGUACAUCAGAUCGGAGCUCUUACACAAUGGAUACGCAGUGGAUAAUGAACAGCAUGUCCAAAACUUAUAUGAAUUGUGUGAAGGUUUGCUCCCUGUGCCUAACUUGGAAAACACUCAAGAAAAUUCAGAGCUGUCAGUAGAAACAGACCUACUGCCAGAGUCGGAGGAAUUCCACAAAGUGUGCAUCUCAGCAUGUGAUGACCCUGGACUCAUCUUUGUCCAGCGCUGUGUGUUUGUCAAACAAAUGGAUGCAAUGGUUGACACAAUCAACGACAGGCUACAGAAAGGGGAGUUCACUCCGAUGAAGGCCUCCUGCUGUAAAGUGGGCACCAUUUGUUUGGGGAAGUACACACAAGAUGACACCUGGUAUCGUGUCAAAAUCCUGGAGUGUUUGGAGGGAGGAGAGUACAAAGUGAUAUUUUGUGACCAGGGAGACACAGAAGUCUUGGCCUUAAACAGACUCAACCCGAUUCCUCAGGAGUGUUUUGAGAUUCCUAUGCUUGCCAUUGAGUGUGAAUUGGCCCAUGUUCAGCCAAGAGGCAAAAAAUGGGAUGAAAAAGUUGGAGAUGCAAUUUGGGAUAUGACUCACACUGUAGCAGGAGGGAAUAAACAUGUGAUGGCCAAGGUUGUUGGGAAAAAGGACUCAGUUUUUACAGGUGUUCACAGGUACGUGGUGGAAUUGUGGGAUACCUACACCGCCAACGACAUUAAUCUGGCCCAGGAGCUGGUUUGGUCAGGGCUUGUGGCACCAAAAGAGGGAUCUAAUCUCAUGGAAAUGUUCCCCAAACCUCCUGUCAUUGACUUCCAAUUGUACAGAAACCCAACUCAAAUGAUCAUGGAUCUGUGUGCUUGUUUAUACUGGAGGAAGGACCAAAAACGCAGAACUCGUCCAGCUCGGGAAAUACUUGACAUUGUUGAAAAAGCUGUUAAAAGUAGUCCAUUGGACCUGGUGGGCUACCGAGGACUUGCUGCAAUAAUUAAGCUGAUUGGUCGAUUGUCAGAUGACAAUGCCCACAAAUGUCUUCUGAGGAGUCUACUGGUGGCUGCUGAAGCCAGUGACAGACUCGCGGAAGAAAUUGUGAACCAAGAUGGUGACCACAGUGUCAUUCAGUGCUUAGAUCAAAGAAGCCAGCCAGAGAUCCAGUGUCAGGCAGUGGAUGCUAUAUAUAAACUGAUCAGCUGUAACAACAGGUUUGUGAAGGCGUUCAGUGACGCCUCAGUCCUUGAAGUUCUGUGUGAGAUCCUAGAGGUGGCCGACGAACGAGAGACACUGUAUGGAACAGGGAGAGCACUGAAUAUCAUCUGUAAAAAAUCCAAAAGUAUGUGCCGAUACCGGAAAAACCACGUCCGUCUUCCGGGACAACAAGAUUCAGUCAUCAAUGUUAUAACACAAUCACGUUCACAACUACCUGUCUCUACCAAGAAGUGUGCUUCUGAUAUUGUGUACCACUUCAAAGUCUGUCAUUUAAUUGCGGCAUCACUGGAACGCACCACCGACCUCGAGGCUUGCCGAGCUCUCCUGGAGUUUCUUGUGACACUAGUGGAUAAAAAUGGAAAACAAGAACCACUUCACAAUGAAAAACUUGCCAAAGUUGUUGUUUCCAAGAUGGAUUCGUUCUUCAAAGAUGAUGUGUGCAUUGCAAGUGGAGUGCGAUACUGUGAAAAUUUAUGCAAGGAGAACCGAAAGAAGAAGACAUUUCUGCUGGAACAAGGAGUUGUGGUUAUUCUGAAAAGGGCCAUCAAGCAAGAGAGGUUGAGUGUGGAGACGUGCAGGAGAUGUGAGUGGCUGAUGAACCACCUGGUGGUGCAGGUCCCCAUCUCCAGGGCCCUCAACAACCAGCCCAUCCACCCACGCAGGGCAGGGGCCCCGCACCAAAGGUUGGUUCCAAACAUAAAUUGGAUCCAGAACAAACGCAAUGUCAUCCUGGAGAUUCAAGUACCGCGAGCAAGAGACGCUCCUGUAAAACUCACUCCUAACAGUUUCAUGUUCAGAACUGUUGUGGAAGAUACUUUAUACGAGGCAAUGUAUGAACUAUACAGUAAAAUUGUCCCAAGUGGUUGUUAUGUGUCGGUUAAUCGGUCAGAGGUUCAAGUCAAGCUGAAGAAAGAGGAGCCAGGGACUUGGCCACGCCUCCUCAAAGAGAAGACAAAGUUUCCCAAUAUCAGAAUAAACUAUGACAAGUUUGCUGGCAGCUCAUCAGAGGAAGAUGUCUCAGAUGAAGACAAUCCAUUUGUUCUAAAGAAAAAAAAAAUAAAGAAAUUCCCUAAAGACAUGAAGAAGCCUAAAGGGGCAGCUGUAGACGUUAAAUACCAAGAGAGUGAAGAAGAUAGUGAAGAGGAGGAAGAUAGUGAAGAGGCAGCGAUGGGCUUCAGGACAUCACUAGUGGAUGACUAUGACCCUUAUGAUGUGUUUGGAAUGAUGUCAUGAUGUUAGCUGUGAUCGACUUAUCGUGCCAGUAUUUUAGAGAUGCAGUAAGCAAAAUUAAAGGCUUCCACAUGUUUAUCAGUGUAAAGGGUAAAGAUUUUGGCAGAUUUCUUGGUCUGCUCAUACUAAUGUGUUCAAUUUAGAAGACUAAUUAGAUUGUCAAUUACAUGCUCAUUGUUGAACUUUCACAAUUGUCCAUUAAUAUAUAGUUUGGUCUUUUUCCAUUGAUAUAUAGUGCUUACAUGCAUCACAUCAUCAAUACUUGUUAACCAUUGUUAUAGGACAAACAGCAUACCACGAAACGCAGGGAAAUUGAUAUCAGUAACAGCUGAUAAACAAACAGAACAGAAUUUAUAAGCAUUAUGUGGUUAAAAACUCUUAUUUGUUAUUUAAAAUACUUUAUUGUUUCAAGUUUUCUGACAAUCUUUUGGCCAAGUAGCCUUUUUGUAUUGAAUACGUAAAUCAUGAAGAAUGAUCUGAUUUUUAAAGAUAGUUUUCAGGUUACCUGAGUCACUCAGGUGACCUAUUGCUAUGCCUUUUUGUCUGUUGGUUGUCGUUCAUCUGUCGCAAACUUAUGAGUAUUUUAGGUUAUUCUCAUAAAAUACGAGGCCAGUCUUAACCAAGUUUGGUGAAGGAUCUGUAGAUGAGGGGGAAACAAAAAUUGAAAAAUUAAUGAUUCUUAACAUCAUGGCCAUAAAUAAUGGGAAGAACUGGGAAAAUUGAUUCAGAUUUUCAAAAUUCUCUUCUUUAUUUCUUGGCAUAUAGCAGACUAAAUAAGAUGUUGAGUUAGUAAAAAUCUGUACAAAUCUUGUAAAAUGCAUGGCCCAAGGGGCAGGGGUUUGGUGGGGCCACAAUGCGGGGUCAAAUUUUUGCCUAGGAAUAUUUUGAGAAAAUUUUAAAAAAUUUUCUCAAAAACCAUUUGCCCAAAAAGCUUAAACUUGUUUGUAAGCAUUAUCAGGUAGUGUAGAUUCAAGUUUGUUCAAAUCAUGACCCCCGUUGUAUGAUGGGGCCACAUAUGGGGUGGGGGCGGGGGUAAAUUUUUGAUAUAGAGAAAAAUCUUCUGGAAAAGCAUUCAGUCCAAAAGCAGAAACAUGUGUGAAAGCACAGGUUUUGCAGAUUAAAGUUUUAUCAAAUCAUGAUUUCCUAGAGAAAAGUGGGGCCACAAAGUGGGAGGAGGGGGUGAUUUUUAUAUAGGAAUAGAGAAAAACUUUCUUACAAAUGCUAAAACAACAAAAGGUGAUGGGUACUUACCAUAAAAGUAUGUAGAUAAAAAUCGGCAGAAUUUUUUAAAAACUUUUUGAGCAAGAUCUACUGUACUUAGUUGUCAAGAUAUUUUGAUUUUGAUACUGUUAUGUUGAUUGAAUCAGAGUUAUGGCUAUUGUUGCUCAGGUGAGUGAUGUGCCUCCUGGGCCUCUUGUUUAAAAUGGCUUUAUUAUACUCAGGUGACCGUUAAAGCCCACGCGCCUCUUGUUUUAAUGGCAAAUGAUAUAUAUUUUUUUACUUUUGAACUGUUUAUACUUUUGUAGUUACAACUGUUUAUUAUACGAUAUACAGAAUGUAUAUUAAAUUUUAACAUCAA